AUGGACUCGGAGCUCUUCCUGAAAUGGCUCCACCAUUUUAUUAGAUAUGCUCCUGAGGAGAGACCACUAAUAUUAAUCAUGGACCAACACGAGACACAUGUCUCAAGAGACGUAAUCAUGUUCUGCAGAGAAAAUAAAGUUGAAAUUCUCUGCCUACCUGCCCACACCACACACAUUCUACAGCCCCUGGAUAUCGCGGUUUUCAACCCACUGAAAACUGCUUUCUCCACCAUGGCCUCCAGGAUGGGUCUGGUGCGAGGGGACAUUGUUGUGGGGAAGAAGCAGUUUUCAGCUCUCCUCAAACAUGUGUAUCCAACUGCUGUCACAGCCCAAAAUGUCAAGGCUGGGUUCCGCAAGGCUGGCAUCGUUCCUCUGUCCAGGGCUGCUGUGGACACAACCCAGGUGGUGAGAGUGCUCCUAUCUGCAGAUGGAAGUGACGCCACACCAACAGCCACACCAUCCAUCGCUCCCGCCACUCCAUCAGCCACACCAUCCAUCGCUCCCGCCACUCCAUCAGCCACACCAUCCAUCGCUCCCGCCACUCCAUCAGACACACCAUCUAUCACUCCCACCACUCACACAUCAUCCAUCACUCAAACACCUUGCCCCACCUGCAACAUUAAUAAAGUGGCCCACAAAAAUUAUCUGGUAACAGCAGAUGUAAUUCCAGAGAGUCUGGCUAACAUCCUCAUAAGUCCAGCCCUGGAGAGGAAGGAGAAGGUGAGGCGUCGCAUUCCGUUGCCAGCCCGUGUCAUCACCAGCGACGAGUACUUCGACCUGUUGGUAGAAAAAGAAACUGAGGAGAAAGAGAAGGAAGAAAAGAAGAGAAAGCGCAAGGAAGAGAUGGCAAAGAAGAAGGAGGAAAAAAGACAAGCCCAGGAGGCCAAAAGGCAAAAGAAGCAGGCACCUCCUUCGACUGAAGAUGGAGAACACUGCGCUCUCUGCCGUAGAGUGGUCCCACCUGGCUCAGCAGAUGAGGCCAUUGAUGAAUGGGUCCAGUGUGACCUGUGCCAUUUGUGGUUCCACCUGGAAUGCGCAGAGGUGGAGGAAGUGCCAGACACCGCCUGGCUUUGCCAUAAAUGUUGUCUGUCCACAUAAAAACACACACACACAAUGUAAAUAGUGCACACAGAAAAUGAACAGUAAAUAGUUGUAA